AUGCAUCGUCUGCACAAAUUUCUGCUUUGUCAUGUUCUGACAUGUCUAGCACGUGGGAGCGAAAUCAUACAUGGGGAAAAGGCCAAGGAGAACUCACUGCUGUAUAUGGCCUCGGUGCAGAACAACAAUGGUCAUGUAUGUGGAGGAUUCCUCAUCACUGAGGACUUUGUAGUAACUGCUGCCCACUGUGACCGAUUGGAACUUACAAGCAUUGUUCUCGGCACCCACAAUCUCAGGAGGGCUGAUCAUGAAAGAAGAGACAUCAAACAGAGAUACAAACACCCAGCUUUUGUGAAUGAAGGAAAUGGUAAUGACAUCAUGCUCCUUAAGCUGGCACGGAAAGCUCAAUUGAACAACCGAGUACAAACAAUUCAACUUCCAAAAUCUGAAAUGGACAUAAAAGAAAACGUAACAUGUCAUGUAGCUGGAUGGGGUGCCACGAGAACUGGUGGUGGCACUGUUGAUGAGCUGAGAGAGGUGGAUGUGUCGAUCAUUAACCUGCAAGUCUGUAAGGAGAAAUGGCCUGGUCUUCCUGCCAAUGUUAUCUGUGCAGGUGGAUAUGGUACAAACAAAGGAUUCUGUCAGGGUGAUUCUGGUGGUCCUCUGGUGUGCAAUGAUAUGGCAGUUGGUGUUGUGUCUUUCAACAAGUACAAGAACUGUAAAUACCCAGAUGUACCCAACGUCUAUGUGGACAUAUCAAAACAUCUCCCCUGGAUCAAUACGAUUCUCAAAGGCACAAAACAUUAUGAGUAGCAAUCUUGACCAAAGUUUUGCUUAAACGUAAUAUGAGGAUGUUGUUGUGUCUCAAA